AUGCAGGAUGAAGAUGAUGCCAGCCUGCACGAGUCCUACAUAGCAGUAGCAACAGACGAUGACACAGGUAGUGUUUUUGAGUCAGAGAACUACAGCGAUCCCGAGGGCGACGAAGAGGAUAUGUUCCUGAGUUCAGACGACAACGAGGAUGAGGCCAGCCAACCUGAGGACGAGGCCGACCAGCCCGACAAAGACAACGAGGACAAUGCCGACCAGCCCAACGAAGACAACGAAGACGAGGCCAACCAGUUCGAAUACAAUGCCAACCAGUCUAACGAAGCCAGCCAGUCUGACGAUGCCGACCAGACCGACGACGAUGCCGAUAUCCACCAUGCGGACGAUGAUGACAUGAAGGAGACACAGUACUCCCUCGAGAUACCGCUACGCGACCAAGAUCUCUUUAAUGUUGAUGUUACCGCCGCUGAAGUUACAUCCAUGGUGGAAAAAGUCUUGCCUGCGCUGUCAUCAAGAAAGAUGAAGAAUUUCUACAGAACUAUCGCAGGCCAUCUUGAGAAGUCCCCUCCAUUUAGGAUCCCGGCGCGCUCUCGACACCCCACUACCUGGUCGUUAGUCAACCCUGACUUCGAUUUACUAUGGAAGCACUCAGCCGACGGCGAGCGGGCUCUAGAACUCGGCGACCCAGGUCUGUUACCAAGAUGGCUUAACAUGUCAGAAGACGGUCUUGUAAAGCCAAUUGGCUCGUUCACCGACACACUACUACUGAUAUCCAGCUACCCGACAGCAUCAGAGGAAGGGAGUGUGCAUAACCGCUAUGGCACUGUGGAUGAUAUGAGCAAUGUUUGCAUGUGGAUGCUCUAUGCAAAAUUUGGAUUCCGCGUGGCCGACAUACGAUCGCAUGGGGUAAUGCAUGUCGACAUCAUGGCUCGACGCCUCGACCAGAAUCUGAUACCAGGAUCUGAUGGAGACAAGCUCUUUCAAAUCACACUCAUUAAACCACUCUGGCACAGUGUCGUAUGCUGGUAUUGA